GUCAUCCUACGCUACCUUCUUUCAAGCCCUGUGUCUUAUGUGAACUCAGCCCCUGCGGCUGGUGGAGCUGUCUGGGAUUAGGGCAUGUUGUGUGAACCUGCCUGCGUGUAAUAGCGUGCCUUGGCUCUUCCAAAGCAAACCCUGAAGAAAGGGAACUGGAACAUCCUAAGGCAGGGUCAUUUAAUUGGGAUUUCACUUUAUGUGAACUGAACUUUCAUGGUUUGUUAACCUGUUUGGGGUUUGACCUAUCUGCUCAAUGCCCCUGCAAUCCUGUACCGGCUCAGAAAAAUACUUCCUUUCAUGGGGAUGAGUGUUGUUCAAUGGUUACAUCUACCACUUUCUAAUUCUUGGUAUUGAUUUUCUUUUCUAUUUCUGAUACACUGAACAUCUUCACUUAUGGACAAAAUUAUCUCUCGGGCAAAGAGGGCUGAAUGGCCUGCUGUGGCCAUUUCUGCGGCUACAGGAACAGUCCUAUGAAUGUGAAUGAAAAUGUGCUUGGAGAUCCACAAGAUUCCUUGGACUCAUUUGGAGUUGCCUUACAGGACAGAGAAAGAAUGGAGACCCAACCUUCAGGAAGUGCAUUAACUGGAAAAGGCCCUCCUGCUGUUCAGCUUGGGAGCUGUCGGAAGUUCUGGGCAAGAACUGGGCAGAAGAUCCUGGAGGAGGAAACCAUCCGUUCAGAAGGUCAGCCCUGGGACUUCAGGAGCAUCCGGUAUCAGGAGGCUGAGGGUCCCCGAGGACUUUGCAGCCAACUCCACUACGUUUGCAGUCAAUGGUUGAGACCGGAAAAGCACACAAAAGCGCAGAUGCUGGACCUGGUUGUCCUGGAGCAGUUCCUGGCCCUCCUGCCCCUGCAGGUGGAGAGCUGGGUGCGGGAGUGCGGGGCAGAGACCAGCUCUCUGCUCCACACUCCCGCACCCAGAGAGACCUUCAUGUUGGGAGCCUGGAAGGGGUUUGAAUGGAAUAAACAAUGA